UUUUCAAAAGGAAACCGGAAAAUCAGUCUGGAAAUAAAGCUGGAACGUCAUCCUUGUCCAAUGGAAAGUUCCAGUUCAGAGAAACUAAACAAUGUUUUUACUGUCAGUGGUGUGCUGGUCUGUGGGUGUACACUAUAAUGCAGACAGUAACAGAUAUUCAUUAAAGUAAUUUUUGUUGUGAAUCAAACAUUUUGUGUUUGCCCUUUUUCAGUAAGUGAUGGAGGACAUCCUGCUGAAGAUACUCAUUAGCCCUUCACCAGAAGUUAAGCAAGAUGUAGAUGUUGUUGUUGUCCCUGACUACCUCUUGAUACUGCAAGAGACUGAGUACGAGUUCAGUCUGGAGAACUGGGUUUUAACAGGACUGCAGAGUGGCUUCACUACCGCACGCCGGCCUCAACUCUACUCCACGACAGAAGUACCACCGUCCUGUCCUCCGUACUGGAUGAUGUUCAGAAGCCCCCAGCAGAGCCGCCUGGCCAGCCGGCACAGCUCAGACUUCUGGGAGCCCAAUCCUCGACAGCGAUCUUACAGCCUCAACCCUGCUAUUCUACGCAGCAAGACGGCCAUUUCAGACUCUGAAGAUGACGUCAGCCCUGUGGAGAAAACACAGGCUGUUCUGUCAGAGAACGCUGGUGACCUUCCUCCUGGUUUAUGGACACAUGAGCAGAGCAAAGCUCAGAAGGCUUUCAUCCCAGACCUCCUGAGCCCCCACACCUGCCUGAGCAGCUUACCACACCAACGCAGGAAGAAUUUACGCCACCGUUCCCAGACCAUGCUGGAGAAGUCCAAGCAAGACGACAAAAGCCAGAGUGAAGUUCCCACCACACGACAAGAUGCCAACACCACUUCCAUCGCAGUGACCAAGGUCCCAGUCUUCAAGGACCUGCAGCCAGCACAUGAGUCUGCCGGUUCAGAUUCCCGCUUGGAUCCCAGGGGUUACCUAUCUACCGGAUCAGACUCCUCAGUGGAGCUGCUCUCGGCUCUGAGUCCAGAGGAGCGAGAACUGCUCGGGGUGAUCACUGCCAGGGGUUACCCCCUCCACACGGCCAUUAUCGCCCUGCAGAAGAUGGGCCGACAAACCCCGGAACAGAUCUUGAGUUACCUGGUGGCGUGUGAACAUCUGUGCCAGCGGGGUUAUGAUGUGGUUCAAGUAGAAGAGGCUCUGGAGAUGUUCCAAAACUCUGAAACAAAGGCAGAGGAGUUUCUUCAUCUCGUCAGCCAGUUCAACGAGAUGGGCUUCCAGCAGAACACCAUCAAAGAAGUUCUGCUGGUCCACGGAAACCACCGUGAACGGGCUCUGGAGGAACUGAUGAUGCGUGCAGCGUAACAGAGAUACACGUCCAUGCAAACUGCACUAAAUAACAACUUUUACAUUAAGGCCCCAUGUUUAG